CUUCGACUCGCAGAAAUGGGUUGUUGUGCUUAUCCUCGUUCUACUCGGAUCCUUCCUCGUUCUGAUGACGAUGAAACCAAGAGAGACAUAAAGAUGAUUAAGAGAACCAUAAGCAUGUCCGAUGUGCUUGGAAAUUUCACCAGUCAUACGAGCAGUGGAAAUGGCGAUCAUCAAUAUGGCUGUCUUACACGUGGCAGCAAUAUGAAUAGCCUGCCAAAGCUUCAGUUCAGAGAUCACAUAUGGACUUAUACUCAGAGAUACCUUGCAGCUGAAGCUUUUGAAGAGGCAGCACAGGAGAUGAUCGAUUCUGAUCAAGCCGAGGAAGAUGGAUGUGCUGACGGAAUGAGACUUGUUCAACUUCUAAUUGCUUGCGCGGAAGCUGUGGCUUGCCGUGACAAAUCGCAUGCUUCUAAUUUAUUAUCUGAGCUUAAAGCCAAUGCUUUAGUGUUCGGUUCUUCUUUCCAAAGGGUUGCUUCUUGUUUCGUCCAAGGCCUGGCGGAUCGUCUUGCCUGGAUUCAACCUAUUGGGGCUGUGGGAUCUAUAGUGCCUAUAAUGAACAUUAUGGAUACAGCUUCUGAAGAAAUGAAAGAAGCUUAUAAAUUAGUGUAUGAGAUUUGCCCGCAUAUUCAGUUUGGUCACUUUGUAGCUAACUCCACAAUAUCGGAAGCCUUUGAGGGUCAGAGUUUUCUUCAUGUGGUGGACUUAGGGAUGAGCCUUGGUCUCCCCCACGGGCACCAAUGGCGAGGACUGAUCCAGGAUCUUGCUAACCGCGCCGGGAACCCUGUUCGCCGGCUUCGAAUUACUGGCGUUGGACUUUGUAUUGAGAGACUCCAGAACAUAGGUGAAGAACUCGAGGCUUAUGCAAAAAACUUGGGGAUCAAUCUGGAAUUCUCAGCAGUGCAAAAAAACUUGGAAAAUUUGCGUCCUGAUGAUAUACAAGUCCAUGAGGGUGAAGUUCUAGUUAUAAACAGCAUUCUUCAGUUGCAUAGUGUGGUGAAAGAAACUCGUGGAUCUUUGAACUCAGUGCUUCAGAUGAUCCAUAAGCUCUCACCAAAAGUGUUUGUUAUGGUCGAGCAGGAUUCAAGCCACAAUGGACCCUUCUUUCUCGGGAGAUUCAUGGAAUCGCUGCAUUAUUACUCUGCAAUAUUUGACUCGCUUGAUGCUAUGUUGCCCAAGUAUGACACAAAGAGGGCCAAAAUAGAACAGUUUUAUUUCGCAGAGGAGAUAAAGAACAUAGUGAGCUAUGAGGGAGCAGCGAGGGUGGAGAGGCACGAGAGACUGGACCAGUGGCGGCGGAGGAUGAGCCGGGCCGGGUUUCAGGCGGCACCGAUCAAGACGGUGGCUCAGGCCAAGCAGUGGCUUCACAAGAAAGAGGUCAGCGAUGGAUAUACCGUUGUGGAAGAGAAAGGAUGCUUGGUGCUUGGAUGGAAAUCAAAGCCAAUUGUUGCUGCUUCUUGCUGGAAAUGCUAAAUACUUAAAUCUUUACCGCUUGCUUUGGUGUUUGGAAUCAGUAUCAAUCAAUAAAACAGUUUCCACGG